AUAACAGUCGGUAAGACAGCUGAGAGAGAGAGAGAGCGAGAGAGGCUCAGAUACAGAGAGGGAGAGAGAGAUCUAAAGCCUUCUCCCUGGAGCUUAUAGCGUGCUACCUGGACUCCAUACGUGUUUUUCAUCGCUUCACUAUCAAAGAUUGUUAGUAUUUCUGUAGGAUAGCGACCUUGGCGAGUGCCUGGAUAGGCCUCCCUUCUGUCACCUUCUCUGCUUUUCUGCUGGUACGUUGUCAUGGGGAACCUCCUUAAAGUUUUGACAUGCACAGAUCUUGAACAAGAGCCCAACUUCUUCCUCGAUUUUGAAAAUGCCCAGCCAACAGAAGCAGAGCGGGAAACGUGGGAAGAAGUGGAUGUGGUCCUGAAGGAUGCACUGGGAAUACUUGACGAGCUACAGGCAUAUAAAGGCGCGGGACAAGAGAUACGAGAGGCAAUCCAGAACCCUAAUGACGAGGUAUUACAAGACCAGGCGUGGGCUGCUGUGGUGCCACUAGUAGGCAAACUCAAGACGUUCUACGAAUUUUCACAGAGAUUAGAAGCAGCACUGCAUAGUCUAUUGAGAGCACUUACUUGUGAGACAUACGAUGACCCCACACAGCAUCUGGAGAGAGAGCAAGCCCUUGCCAAACAAUUCGCUGAGAUCCUGCACUUCACACUGCGCUUUGAUGAGCUCAAGAUGACAAAUCCUGCCAUUCAGAAUGACUUCAGUUAUUACAGGAGGACCCUGAGCCGCAUGAGGAUCAAUAAUGUUCCUGCAGAGGGAGAAAACGAGGUGAAUAAUGAGCUGGCCAAUCGGAUAUCUCUAUUUUAUGCCGAUGCCACGCCCAUGCUAAAGACAUUAAGUGAUGGCACAACAAAGUUUGUAUCUGAGAAUAAAAACUUGCCCAUUGAAAACACAACAGAUGUAUUAAGCACCAUGGCGAGCGUGUGCAAAGUCAUGUUGGAAACCCCAGAGUAUCGCAGCCGCUUCAGCAGUGAGGAGACUGUUUCCUUCUGUCUCCGUGUCAUGGUGGGGGUCAUCAUUCUCUACGACUACGUCCAUCCCGUCGGCGCAUUCGCAAAGUCCUCCAAAAUAGACAUGAAAGGCUGCAUUAAAGUGCUCAGAGAUCAGCCACCAAACAGUGUGGAAGGUCUUCUAAAUGCUCUCAGGUACACAACAAAACAUCUUAAUGAUGAGUCAACCACUAAGACCAUUAAAAGCAUGCUGCAGUAGCAACAAAACUCUGGGACACACACCACUGGCCUCAAGCAAAUGCUCAGGAGAUGCACAUACACUCUCUCUCCUGGACUAAAGCGAUGCAUAGAAUGUUUUUCCUUUUUUUCUUUUUUAUUAAACCGGGAAAAAAUCAGACAAAAGCUUCUCUAAUCUUUCCUGUCUAUUUACAAAGCAGAUGCUACUGGCGUUAUGUUUGGUUUUCUGUGCCAAAAUGGUUUUGCUAAAAUCCCUUGUUUUUAAUGUUCCUGAACGACAGCCAUGCUACUGAUGGCAGCUAUGAAAGCAUUGUUAGAUUAUAUUUGUGGUAAAUGUUUUAAUUGAGCUUGUUUCCCUAUAAAGAGAGGGUGAGUGUUUUGACUUGAAUAUAAAAUAUCUAUAUAUUAUCUAUAUGAUCUAGAUACAAUUAUAUAAAAAAGAGAGAAGUAUAUUAUUAUUAUUU